AUGUCUACUCCACCUAGACGACCACGCCCCAAAAUAACGUGGUGGAUGCGAAUAAAGCACCGAUUGCGAUACCUUGAGAGCCCCCUAGCACUCAGAGGGUCUAUCAUACGUCUCCGACAUCGCCACAAGCAUCCAUAUCUAGCUCUUCUCCGUCUUUGCAUGCCUACUGCAACUUUCUCUUGGUCAUACCCGGUACCCACUCCCCCCUCGCCCUUGGCUCUUAUCGAAAAUCCAGACCUAGGCUGGGAGCGUCGAUAUGACAAUAAUAUCAAAAGCCUUGAGACAGUCCCGAUCUGGCGUUCCCGCGAUACGCCUCUUCGGUGCCUUUAUCGGCUCUACGAGGCAAUCAUGGGUGGAGACGAGAUGCUUCCCGUCGUUGGUUAUGAAACCGAGUACUUCUUUCGUCAGGGUAGAAGGGCCUGGGAGUUGCAUCGCAUUCCGGACCCUCGUGAUCCGGACCCCAUUCGCUAUGCGCUUCUUGCUUGCAUCUUAGAGUCACUCUUAGAUUCUUUCAAUUGGCGACUAAGCAUUGGAAUGCGGAGAGACGGAAAUCACAUUCCUCCGACAAAUUGGGACGGCGUCAACAACCCGUAUGCUCCUUAUGAACCGAUGACAUUGCCUUCAUGGCCACAGCAAGUCCCACCUGUUGACAAACAAUACUUGAAAGACGUCAUGCCUGAGAGGGUGAUCGACUCCCAGGGACUGUUGAUGCUUCAUACCGACGGGAAGGAUGAAAUUUUUACCAAGAGAAAUAUUGCCGCAACGGGGCACAAAUUCUGGACUAUUUGA